AUGGCCAAAACAUACAAGCAGUUGAAAGAGGCAUGGGUUUCAGGCCACACGGGGAGCUCUGUGGCAGACGUGAAUAAUGUGUCGCUCGCAAUGCCUCUGAGCAUCCUGCUAUGGUCUGUCAUACAGUCGCGCAUGCGCUUGUUCACGCCGUAUACACCGCCAGCCUUGUUCCUCGACUUCCUGCUCAACUGCGGAGCCACGCUGUUCGCAACCACUAUCUACUCAUCUUCUCCAUGGAUCCUAAACCUCCUUCUGUUGCUACCGGCAAUUGCAGUAUACGCCCUCGAGAAACCAGUUCCAGCCAGAGAUGCUCCAAGACCACCCAAGAUCGACAAGUCUGGAAAGGACUCCAAGCUCGACGCGCUUCCCGUCAAGCCAUUCAUCACAAAUUACCGCGGCGCAAUGAUGGUCAUAACGUGUGUUGCUAUACUCGCCGUGGACUUUCGCGUAUUUCCACGGCGAUUUGCAAAAGUCGAGAAUUGGGGUACGUCGCUCAUGGACAUGGGUGUGGGGUCUUUCGUCUUUACCGCUGGCGUGGUUUCCGUUCGGGCUUCACUCAAGGGAGGUUCCGGCCGUCCAUCAUUAUCUAAGCGCCUAACCGCAUCGCUCAGACACGCCAUUCCUCUGCUUGUCCUUGGUGUCAUUCGGCUCAUUUCCGUCAAGGGAUUGGACUAUGCAGAACACGUAACUGAAUAUGGCGUGCAUUGGAACUUCUUCUUUACCUUGGGUUUUCUGCCACCGUUUGCUGCCCUGUUCCAGGCAGCAUUUGAUCUGGUACCUUCUUAUGCCUUUCUCUCCUUCAUGUUGGCUGCCAUCUACGAAGUGGCCUUGGACUGGACGUCUCUCGGGGCAUAUAUACUGGUGGCCGAACGCAAAGAUCUACUGUCAAAGAACCGAGAAGGCGUCUUCUCCUUCUUCGGAUACCUUGCGAUAUUCUUGGCUGGCCAAUCCCUGGGUAUGUCUGCACUACCCAGACAACAACAGAUCUCCAAGGAUGCAUCAUUCACCGUCAAGCUCAAGAAAUCCACGCUUGGAAAGCUUGCGACAAUGUCUGUCAUCUGGACCACACUUUUCUACUUUUGUACCAGCUACUACGGCCUUCGCCUGACUGUCUCAAGACGACUGGCUAACCUUCCAUACUUUCUUUGGGUAUCCUUGUUUAACAGCUACCAAAUCACCAUAUGUUGCGCCAUCGAGACAUUCCUCUUUCCGAACUUGUACAAGGCUGCGAACAAAGAAGAAGAGGUUCGACGCAGCAGAGAUGCUACCAGUACCGUGCUGUAUGCGUUCAAUCGCAACGGCCUGGCUGUAUUCCUGGUCGCAAAUCUGCUGACGGGCCUAGUAAAUAUGACGCUACCAACUCUGGACAUGACUAUGAUCCAGUCCAUGGUGGUGCUUACUGCAUACAUCGCAGCCGUGGCCGGAGUCGCGAUUGGCCUCGAUUAUUACAAUGUCACAAUAAAGCUCUAG